CCGGAUGCGGCAAGAGUGUCCUCAGGUGAGAGCCCAAGUGGAUAUCUGGAGGAGCAAUAUCAUUUCCAGAUUGCUAACUCAAUCUUCAGUGCUACUUCCAUUGAAGACGUCAAAAGGGUGUGCAACAUGAACGAUGAUUACGGGUUAGCUUAUUUCUACUUCACCUUCAGCGACUCUGAGAAGCAGAAAUUGGACAACAUGCUUCUAUCCAUUAUUGGCCAACUUGCAAAAAGGCCUUCGGAUCGAGGUCUGCCAGCUGCGGUUGUAGACCUCUAUAAUAGUACCAAGGGAAUUGGGAAGUCGGCGGAUACCAGCACUCUGAAGGUUCUAUUGGCGCAAAUUAUAAAGGAUUUCAGGAAGGCAUUUAUCAUCCUCGAUGCCUUGGAUGAAUUUCCCAAGGGCACACGGGAGAGUCUACUAUCUUGGAUCAAGGAGCUUACCCUUGAUCAUCAGGCUGGAUCGCUUUCCAUUCUCGUCACCAGCCGUCCCGAGGCCGAUAUAGUGGGAUCCCUACAACCACUCACGGCUUUUUCAAUUUCGCUACAAUCCAAAACUAUCGAUCCGGAUAUCCGAACAUAUGUACAGAAAUCUCUAUCGGGCAAGGAUGGAUUCAAGAAAUUUACCGAAGAAAUUAAGAAUGAGAUAGAGGACACACUAGUUGUCCGUUCUCAAGGAAUGUAUGUUAUACUCGACUAUUGAGAUUUUAAUUUAUGCUGAUACAAGGGUGGGAAUGUUAAGGUUCCGAUGGGUGGAUUGCCUUUUGCGAAUUCUAGAAGCAUGUUUGGCGCCGGAGGAUGCAAGAGAAGCGUUGAGGAAGGUGCCUAAAGACUUGGAUUCUGUCUAUGAGAGGAUCCUGGAAAGCAUCGAUGAGGUGCAAAGGAUAUACGUCCAGCGAGCGAUGAAUUGGCUGGCAUUUUCGGUAGAACCCUUGACGCUAGGCCAGCUUGCAGAGGCCGCCGUGAUCGAAUACGAUGUCGAAAAAUAUGGCGAGGAUCCUAAGACUCGGGCUCUUUUUGAUACUGGUUGCCUCAUGAGCAUUUGUCCUAGCCUUAUUUCCUUCGAGGAUGCCAGGGACGAUGAAUCAUCCCCACAGGAACACCGCCGAUUACGACUGGCACAUUUCUCGGUAAAGGAAUAUUUGAUC